CGCAGCUCGAAAACCAACGACCCCCAGUCAAGCUCCGUUGUGCAUUAAUCUUUCUAUCAACACAAGAUGAUGCAAUGAUCAAUUGAAUUACUACCUCUCUCUACUUCAUCUCACAAAUCUCCCGUCCCCAGCGUAACAACAACCGACCACAACCGCCAUGUCACAAUCACACCCCGCCAGACACUCGUCGAUGCUGUCUGCCAGCACCAGCGGAACAAACAUAGCUGGCACCGCUGACAGACAGCCACCCCCAAAACAAGUGACGACAGUCGCGCAGCAAAGCCCCGGCCUGCGAAUCCCGUCGAACCGCAAGACGAUCUACGACAGACAUCUGAAUCGCAGUCGAAAUGCGGAGCUCAGCCGGGCAAGCUUCGCCUUUCUGUUCGCGGAGAUGGUCACAUACGCUCAGCGACGAGUAACAGGGAUACAGGAUCUAGAGCGCAGAUUAAACGAACAGGGCUACCACCUCGGCCUCCGUCUCCUCGACCUUCUCUUCUACCGCUCCAUGUCCUCCUCCACAUCGUCCGCGCUGUCGAGCUCCUCAACCUCUGCCUCCCCUCCUAAUCGACCUCUCCACGCCCUCGAGCAUUCAGUGUCCCCCGAAACACCCAACGAGUACAUGAUCACGGACAAUGACCCGCUGGUAAACACGUACAUUAGUGUUCCGAAGGAGAUGAGCAUGCUCAAUUGCGCUGCCUUUGUGGCGGGGAUCAUAGAGGGGUUUGCCAAGGUCACGGCGCAUAACCAGCCUACGGAGAUGUGGCCCGGGCGGACGAUCUUCCUGUUACGGUUCGGCGAGAGUGUCAUGGAGAGAGAGAAGGUGUUGGAAAGGGCAGGGGUGAAAUAAGUGGGUGUGUGAUUGUUGAGGCGUUGCCUGACGGGAUGACCACAACGGGAUGCACGAGCCUUGCGAAGACUCUGGGAGUUAUCGCAUUGGAAAUCAGGGGAAGGACUAUUACAGAAGAAUUCGUCACAUCACGGCCAAGACGCUUACGUUGUUUCGAUGGGAAAGGGAAGGAUAUGCUUUACCAAGCGAGCCAGGGCUUGUUGGACGUCUGUGUUUGUAUCUACAAACAUGAUGUCUGUUUUAUCUUACACACUCCGUUCACCAGCCCAGAUACAGGGUAUAUAUCCAAACCCCACGAGAGAAAAUACUAGAUAUGAAAAAUAACAAAGGCAAAGACCUGUCGCAAUCUGCAAUGCAACAUAAAUCCC